AUGUUCUUAAUAUUAUUCUCUUUAGUUUAUUCUAAAAGAACUACAAACCCAUAACUUCAAUAUCAAUUUGAACAAAUUUCUUAAACCAAUUAUACACAUAAUAUCAAUUCAACAUUAUUACUUUAAUAUAAUGAGUAAUAUAUGAUUAUUAUUAUUUAAGCUAUCCAGGAGUGUAUAGUAUGGAAUUGGGUGAAAUUGUAGAUGGAGAAUAUGUUGAAAUCUAAUAAAGCUUAAGUUUAGAUCCCUUUACUUUACCAGGAUGCCAUCAUUAUAAUAGAAAAUUGAUAUAUAAGCAAUUAGCUUAUCAAAAGAUUGAUUCAGAUGAACAAGUUUUUACAAAUAUGUAUAUUGACAAUAAUUUUGUAUUUGCGACCAGAAGUGAUAAUUCAUUAUGGCAAUUUGAAAUCUAACUUGAUGAAAAGAAUAGAAAGAUCAUAGGUUUAGAAUUGAAAAGAACUCAUAAAAAUGUUGGUUUUAGCUAAUAACAUUAGAUUAUCUGUUAUAAUUAGAUAUGCUUAAUAUUUGGAGAGGAAGGUUAAACCUUUCUUUACAAAGACAACAAUUUUAUUUCAAUCAACCUAACAUAGAUUAUUGGUGAAUUUAGAGAAUUUCCUUAAGAUAUUUAUUUUGAUGAGAAAUCAAAAGCAAUUUAUAUUUGUUAUGGCAAUUAAUUCAUAGAUGUGCUUCAAUUUACAAAUAAUAGUUCAAUUGAAAAAGUGUAAACAAUAAUGAGUGGAGAGAAAAUUGUAUAAGUUCGAACUAACACAAAAAGCACAAUUCUUUAUUUACUUGAUUAGAAUAUUGGAUUGAUCUCUUAUUAUAUUGAUUCAAUUUUAGAAUAUAGAUUAACUUCAUUUUAGAUUACUUUGUAGAAUAGUGUUGCAUUUGAUUUCUAUGAAAACACUUUCUUUAUAGUGGCUUAAACCUACAAUCAAAUUCCUUAUGCUUUAGAAGUCUUAUAAUAUGAGGAUAUUUACUAUUUCAAUAAAAUUUAUUCAAAAGAUAUAGAUAUAUAUGAUGUAUUGGUAGGUGAAUACUUUGCCAUUCUCAUAAGUGUAGGGACUCNGCGUGUUUAUCUUAUGCCAAAUAGAUAAUAAAAUAUAUUUUUAUAUUAUAUUGUAUUUUUUAAUGUUCUUAAUAUUAUUCUCUUUAGUUUAUUCUAAAAGAACUACAAACCCAUAACUUCAAUAUCAAUUUGAACAAAUUUCUUAAACCAAUUAUACACAUAAUAUCAAUUCAACAUUAUUACUUUAAUAUAAUGAGUAAUAUAUGAUUAUUAUUAUUUAAGCUAUCCAGGAGUGUAUAGUAUGGAAUUGGGUGAAAUUGUAGAUGGAGAAUAUGUUGAAAUCUAAUAAAGCUUAAGUUUAGAUCCCUUUACUUUACCAGGAUGCCAUCAUUAUAAUAGAAAAUUGAUAUAUAAGCAAUUAGCUUAUCAAAAGAUUGAUUCAGAUGAACAAGUUUUUACAAAUAUGUAUAUUGACAAUAAUUUUGUAUUUGCGACCAGAAGUGAUAAUUCAUUAUGGCAAUUUGAAAUCUAACUUGAUGAAAAGAAUAGAAAGAUCAUAGGUUUAGAAUUGAAAAGAACUCAUAAAAAUGUUGGUUUUAGCUAAUAACAUUAGAUUAUCUGUUAUAAUUAGAUAUGCUUAAUAUUUGGAGAGGAAGGUUAAACCUUUCUUUACAAAGACAACAAUUUUAUUUCAAUCAACCUAACAUAGAUUAUUGGUGAAUUUAGAGAAUUUCCUUAAGAUAUUUAUUUUGAUGAGAAAUCAAAAGCAAUUUAUAUUUGUUAUGGCAAUUAAUUCAUAGAUGUGCUUCAAUUUACAAAUAAUAGUUCAAUUGAAAAAGUGUAAACAAUAAUGAGUGGAGAGAAAAUUGUAUAAGUUCGAACUAACACAAAAAGCACAAUUCUUUAUUUACUUGAUUAGAAUAUUGGAUUGAUCUCUUAUUAUAUUGAUUCAAUUUUAGAAUAUAGAUUAACUUCAUUUUAGAUUACUUUGUAGAAUAGUGUUGCAUUUGAUUUCUAUGAAAACACUUUCUUUAUAGUGGCUUAAACCUACAAUCAAAUUCCUUAUGCUUUAGAAGUCUUAUAAUAUGAGGAUAUUUACUAUUUCAAUAAAAUUUAUUCAAAAGAUAUAGAUAUAUAUGAUGUAUUGGUAGGUGAAUACUUUGCCAUUCUCAUAAGUGUAGGGACUCAUAGAAUUAUUUAUCAUUCAAUAUUUUAAUAAUUUGUUGAAUAAAGUGAUAUUCCAUAAUUUUUUGAAGCAAUUAAUCUUUUUAAAGUUGAAGAAUUUAGAAAAUGGGAAAAUAAUUUAUUUAAUUAGGAAGCUAUAGAUUAAGAACCAUUUUAAAGUAUUCCCAUAUAUUAUAAAUAAUCACUAAUGAUAGGAAUAUUUUAAAAUUAAUUAUCAAUUUUUUCUGUGAAAUCAUUAUUACCAAGGUUGUAAUGCAAACCUACAAGUUUGAAUUCUACAUAAUAUAGUUUAAAAAUGUUAUCAACAUCAUGUUUAUUUAAGUAAAAAGAAAAUGAUUAUACAGCAUUUAAAUAGUGUAUUGUAUAUCAUAAUUUCACUAUCACAGGGAAAGAAAUUUAAUUCUAUGAAGAUGAUCAAUCAAAAUAUUAUAUUAUUGGAAAUUUGUUCAUGUAAAUUUUUAUUUAUUGUUAAAGUGGAAUUGGAAUUUUUCUAAUUCUUUUUUGUAUAGCAGCCAUUUUAUAUUAGAAUUACAGAAUUAAUAAACUAAAAAACCAUAUUUAAUUAAAUGAAUUAUAAGAAGUAGAAAAUAUUUAGGUCCAAAAUCCUGGAAAUUGA